UCGAUUGAACGCGGAGGACACGCACACGGCCGAAAGAACCUCGUGACAGGAACACCCCUCGAGGAUCAGUGUCACUGCGACAGCAUCGCUAACAACGCGCACGCGUCCCCAAAAACGAUUUUCUCCUCUCUCGAUCUCCCGCGCGAGAACGACCGUCGAAAUUCGCCACUCCGAGAGACCCCUUUCGAUCAGUGAUCCCAAAAUUCUCGUACCCCACCGAGCCAGUGAAUUUCCGAAAUCGUGCUGUGCAUUUACCUGGCAAAUUGUGCCGCGACCCCUUUUCUCGUGCGAAAACCUCGAACCUGCCGAAUCGACUGGACGAAACAUGAUCGGCGGAUACGAAUCGCAAACGGAUUAUUAUCCACAGUGGCAUCAACCCUACAACUAUGUUACGCAACUUCCUUACGGGACGAUCGGCCUCCCCGACGCCGACAGUCAAUCAACGUACUGGGGAGGCGCGGACUCGGGGAUAUCGGGCGGGAGUUCAGGAGCCGGAAGUCCAGCAGCCUCGACGCCUCCUCUGGUGAUCGAAGAGAUCGGGAUAAAAGAUGGCGGGAGUGUUUAUACCGGCGGAGUGGCUGAUUACACCGGAAAUCAAAACGCCGCCUCGUGCCAACAGCUGUACGCGUCCGGGGUUCACUACUCUCAACAUUCGCUGCAGCAGCACGAAGCCCAGCUGCAAGAGGUCGAGCUCCGGCGUCAGGAGCAACGAGAAAUCGAUUUUGCCACGAGCCCCAGCGGCGCUCCGAUGCUCCAGCAUCAAAUCGACGGGAUGAUCACUUCGUCCGGGAACCCUGCUCACCGCCAGCUCAGUCUUCACCAGCACCAUCAUCUUCACGCCGGAAUACGCGAGCCCGUCGUCAGACCGAAACGCCGAAACACCGCGAACAAAAAAGAGCGCCGACGCACUCAAAGCAUCAACAACGCUUUCGCCGACCUCAGAGAUUGCAUCCCCAACGUUCCCGCUGACACGAAGUUGUCGAAAAUAAAAACUCUCAGACUCGCCGCUUCCUACAUCGGCUACCUCAUGGCCGUUCUCGAAAGCGACGAAGGCGAAGAGCCUCAAACCUUCCGCGCCGAAAUUCUCUCCAACGGACGACGCACCAAAGCUCAGCAACAUUUGACCGAGACUUGUAACCAGAACGUGAUGAAUUACGUGAACGAGGAAAUUUCGAAGGGAAAAGGGCGCACGGGCUGGCCACAGCACAUGUGGGCACUGGAGCUUAAGCAGGAAUCGACGACUUCGCCAGGAACGACGAUAACGUCGUCGAUAUCGGUGCAAUCGAUCAAUCACAUGCAGUAGUCGGUUUCUGUGCUCUGGAGCCCUUAAAAAUAGCUGAAAAUCCCGGUGUUUCGAUGUUUCGAGUGGGGAUGUAAAUACUGUGAAAAAUUUGUUUGUAAAUAAUUGUCGUUGCGGUAAAGGAGUUUCUCAGUCUUUGUAAAUAUUAAAUUUUACGUGUCGCGUACAGUUAAAAUGCCAAAGAGUAUUAGGGGCGACGAGAAGGCUUGUUUUUUGUGCGAAAAAAUCGACAUUUUUUCGUCGCAAAUGGAAGUUCAAACGCCGAAUAAGUUUGUAAAGUUUUGUAUAAAGAAACGUUGUAAUUUUAUGUGUUUUCAAUCGAACGAGCAAUA